CAGUGRGACUGUAACGGUAGAAUGAUAGCGUAUUUCUGAUUGGCUGAUAGAUCUACUAUUCUAAGCUACUUGCCCAUUGGUCGGUGUUUUUUUGCCUUCAAAACAUCACAAUGCAGAGUAUAAUAGAACGAAAUUUACUUCUUAAAUUAUCAGUUGUGGAGGUGAACAAGCGAAAUACAUUUCGCACGAUCGAGUGGCUAAAGCCAAAACAAAGCGAUUGUGUUUUAGCUAGCGCUGAAGGUAGAGAUAUCCUCGGUAUAAUGCCAACAGGAUACGGUAAAACUCUUUUGUUCGAACUGAUUCCGAUAUUCAACCAGUUAUAUCAYAAUAAUCCUCUGCCUUCGAAGUCCAUCAUAAUAAGCCCAUUAAAUGCAAUCAUACUACAGCAAAAGGCAAGUCUGGGAGAUGCUUCAUGCAUUCUUAAAACAUACUAUGACCAAGAAAACGAUGAUAUCGGCGAUGAAAAAGAUGAUGAUCAAGAAACAGAAAAUGAAAGUUURAACCUGUUGGAUAAAUACCAGUACAUAUUAGGCCAUCCAGAGGAUUUCUUGGAAACAAAAACAAUGAGACUUCUUAGGUCUGUGAAAUGGGCAAAACAUGUGCAACAUAUUUUUGUUGAUGAAAGUCAUUGUUCUGUACAAUGGUCUGAAAAUUUCAGACCAAAGUACAAAGACAUUGACCAGCUAAKGGCAGUCUUCCCUAAUGCAAAAAUUGUUGCAGUGACUGCCACUGCAAGCCCARAGAUGCAACAAGAAAUAUUCAGAAUCUUAAACAUGAAAUCUGCACCUAAGAUCAUUAGCGCACAUGUUGACAGAGCUAACAUCAAAUACUCAGCAAAAACAAGGCCAUCUCAUUCUGGAAWAGGCCAUGGCAUUGAACAGUCUUUUUCCAGCAUUUUUCUACCAUACAUUGAGGAACUGAAAAGCAAAGGCAUGGCAUUCCCAAAAACCAUAGYGUACUGUGGCUUAAAAUGGUGUGGGUUUGCAAAUGACUUGGGUGUGUACACUCUGAGUAAUGGGGAUGUUUCCUCCAUUGCAAUYCCAGAAAUAGCUCAAUUUCAUGCACCAUUGUCAUCCCAGAGGAAAGGUGACAUAUUGACAAAAAUCAAGAGUCCAGAUAGUGAAAUACGACUUUUAUUUGCUACUGAAGCCUUUGGUAUGGGAGUUGACUCAUCAGACAUAAGAAGAGUUAUCCAUGCAGGACCACCAUGCACUUUGGAGACAUAUAGUCAAGAGACAGGGCGUGCAGGACGUGAUGGAAACCCAGCACAAGCAAUUCUCUACUACAACAAUGAAGAUCUAGGUAAACAAAAUGUCACUCCGGAAGUUAAGGAGUACUGCAGAUUGAAGACCUGCAGAAGGAAAUAUUUGGCUAUUUACUUUGGAGACACAUAUGUGGUUGAAAACGUUGUUCUUCACAAUUGUUGUGACAACUGCGCAAGUGCUUGUGAGUGUAACAUCUGCAACAACGCCGUUUCAUCAGAGCUUGAAGCAGAACUUCUAAAACCUUUUCAUGACGAAUCGACAACAGCAACAGUUCAUUCAGCUUUGAAGCAGUAUUUUGAUGCUGUUAAUGCUAUAAAAGAAAAAGAGUUCCCACUUGAUGUAACCCUAUACACUGGCUUGACAAAUGAUCUGCUGGUUGAUAUAUCAGAGAACUAUGAAUACUUUAAGUCAAUUGACAUCCUUUCUGUAAGAUAUCCACAUGUUGACUCAGAAUAUACAACACAGAUUAUAAACAUUAUUAACCAUUUCAGAGGAGAUAAUUAAGUAAGACUAUGAAAAAGUGUGAAACACUAAUUACUAAAUUGUACAAAAUAGUGCUAGUUGGACAAUGGAAAACAAUAGCAUUUGCAUAAAAUAGUACAAUUAAAUAUUAUUACUAAUGUUUCA